AGGGGCAACGCGAGGGACCAUGACGCCAGAACAUAGCUGAUGCAGAACACUGGUCGCUCACCUGCCUUGCUUCCUCUCUGUCUCUAAUUUUACCACUCUGGCAUGCGGAUGUAUUGGUAGUGUUUGGUUAUGCAGGUCACCAGCUGGACGGAAGGGAGAUGCUUCAUUAUUUGGAAAAUGCCCACAGAUUCGAUUCCUUAAUACACCUGAAGAUGCGUAUCCAGUGCUAUCAUACAUUCACGCCACAUCUGAUCUACUCCCUCCGUUCCGAAAUAGAUGACCCAACUUUGUACUAACUUUGUACUAAAGUUAGUAUAAAAUUGAGUCAUCUAUUUCGGAACGGAGGGAGUACUAUAUACCCACUGGGUCUCCUCUGCUUUAUUAAGACGCGCAGCUGGACCGUUUGCUGCUAGUUCGACCUCCACGAAUGGCGCUUCACUUAUCCUGCUUCUACUGGCUGUGUUUAGCACUGCUGCUACUGUUCCUGUGUUCAAGUGUGAUCAUGUUGCCUACUGAUUAUUUCCGGUUGUGGCUUUUAAAAUAAGAUGGCAGUUAUUGUAAGACUGGCACUCUGUCGUCUUUUCAUAUUAACUAACGUGUCUAAACUAUGUACUGCUAUUCUUAUGUGCUUGUUUCAGCUAUGGCUGUUAAAUAAAAGACUUGGUUUAUGAUUUGUAAUCUCAAACAUUGACUUUCUUUUCAAGGAACUGGUUUGUGAUCUGUAACGUGUGGCAUUUUAAUUACUUUUUGAAGAAUCGCCUUGCCAUUCAUAAUGUUUAGGUAUUCAUUUUCAAUGACAGAUGGUCAGUGCCUUUAGUUGUUUCAGUUGUAACUGGCCUGCCUUGUCGCUCAUUCCAUGCUGGAUUGCAUUACUUACUUUCUUGAUCAAUGCAUUCAUGCACUGAUAAUGUUUGGGAUUCCUGCCGUUGGCUACAACAUGCAAGUAUGUAUCCACAAAUUCCAGCAACACAUAGAGGAUACGAUGGAUGAGCUCAAGUAAGUGCUUCUUGGUGCUUCUGAAUACUAGAAUUAAUCUUAUUUGUUCAACAUGAUCUUCUGGUUCAGUGUGAUUUGAUUCCUACAACAUGAUCUGGGUGAGCUCCUCAGCGGAGGGUUUGCCUAUGUGUGAUUUGGUAGCGAUCCUCAUCGGGUCCUUGGCCCAAAGUUCAUGAGGAAGUUCCAGCUGCCAGGUCUCAACUUUGUGAUGUGUUUCGAUGGCGUUGGCAGCACACCGGUGUCUGCAGUGUGGUCUCAGCUGACCAGGUACUUCGACAGUCCACCUCCUUAGGCUGCGCCUGCGGGAUGUUGUUUCCUCAAGGCUGUGUCUUCCGAGGGGCCAGGUUCGAUUUGGCUCUGUUUAGCUAACCUCUUUUCUGCUUUGGUUUUCCACUUUGCUCUUCUUUCAAGUCGGCCAUUGUUCUUGCCAUGUUUCUCGGUUUUCUCACCCUUGUCAGGCAGUAUAGAUAAGAAGACAUUUGCAUGAUUCCUGUUGGGGUUGGCAACUUGUGAUAUUGCUUAUAAGUUCCUACUUCCUAGUCUAGUACGGAGUAUUUAAUAGUGAUUGCCGACCCUGAGCAAUGAACCAAAUUCAGCACCUCGAGUUGCUCAUUUUGUAUCGCCAUCAGGUUGUCCAUAUCAACCAUGUCGUCCAAGAGUGCGCCAGCACCAGCUAUUAUGAUCAAUAUUUGAAAAUAUACAGGACGGCAGCAUCUGAUGUACGAAAGAUGCCUCACUCUGCCUUUGCUUAAUCCGCACAUCAAAGGCUACACCAUAAUUUUAAUAGCUUAGAUUAACUUAAACAAAUCGUCAGGGUUGGUAAAAGAACUAAGUACAACGAUAUGUUGUUAACCAGCCAAAAGUGUGUAUGGGGAUUCCUCGUUUUCUCAGAAAUAGACGAGGAUGCCAAGGCCCUUGUUGGCUGGUUCUUGUUGGCUUCAAUAACUAGCGUUCCCCACUCAAUCAAGCCAAGCAAUUGCACUGUUUUGUUGAGUCCAGAUUCUCCGCCGCAACAAGGAGGUCACCACGGCCAGGGAUCCAAAUCUGUCCGGAUCGAUAUAUAUUCAUAUAUUGAUUACAAGCCAGGUACGUGGUUAUUCUUUGGUUUAUGGGCAAAAGGAACAAGGAGGGCAACUUUGGUUUGAAGAUCAAAGCCAACUACUAGUCAUAAACAAAGUGCUAGCACUGUCAAUCAUACCCAUGACUCCAUGAGAGUUUAGAAUCUCCAAGAUGUCUUUUUUCUGCCAAGGAUCCAUGAGUCAAUGCGGAUGAUUUCAGGUUUACAAAUCCACAAGGAUAUCACCAAGGUCAAUCGAAUGUAAGCCAUUACAAGACAGGUGCAUCGUCCUCCCCUGGUUUUCUGGCUAUAUUAGGUUGUACUCGCGAUAGUGGCCAGUUAUCAUUGGGCCAUUUAUUUUUCUUUUAUUUAACAGACAGAUGAUACUUUUCAUUUAAUAAAUGGUUGUGUGCAUCAUAUGAUGCAGAGGCCGGGGGUUUUCCUCCUUUUCCUGGACAAUCUUCCUCGGUGCAAACAGUUACCACUCUUGUUGUAUCUUCUGAUGUUGGCAAGCACAGUAUACUUUCUGAGCAAUGCCUUGCGAUUUCUUAGAGCAUCAGAAGCACCGUAAAGGUUCUUCUGGACAAAGGUCUGCUGAGCUGGCAGGCAUGUUUAGGUUUUAGUUGCCAUCCAUUUAUUUCCUGGGAUUAAAUACAAUAUCCGGAAUCAAUCUACAACGUUGUUGUUGAUAAUUCUUCUUAGUCGCGAUAUACAAUAUCAACAUUUUGGGCAUUUUAACUUGAGAUUCCCGUGUGGAAGCUGAGCAUGCAUUGGCAAUUGUUAGGUCAAGUGUCACUUGUUUUUGUUCUACGGGAGCAUCUCAAGUUAUACAGUUGACUAUAUCCAUUCUAGGUGUUUAAAAUGCAUAUGGACUUGCCUGUCGUAGCUGCUGUUUUUUCGGAUUAUGUGGGUUGGAGCAAGAUAGGUUUAACUGUACAAAAUAAGACUUUAAAAGGAUUAAUUUGAAAGGUUUCAAUUUUACAUCGUGGCUGGAGAUUUUAAAUUGUUUCUGCAAGUGUGUGCUAUUAACAGAAUGUGCUGAAAGUCCAUUUAAUACAUCUAUUAAUUCAUUUUGCAGUGGUAAUCAUACCGAGGAAAAUGUACAGCCAGGCCACCGCCAAACAAUUAAAUAUUAAUUAGCAAUUAUUAGAAAGUAAUGGCAGAGAUUGUGAUUAUUCUGGCCAUUAAAAAGAUAGGAAAGGCCUUGGCAAAUGGAGUAGCAGAUCCAGCCAGUACCCAGUUAGUGAAGUACAAGACACAACUAAUAGAGUUACAGAGCAGCAUGGGUCGCAUUGGGAGGGAGCUUCGUGUAAUGCAUGGCGUUCUUUGUGAAAUGGACAUUUGAAACCGCAAUGAUCAAGUAUAUAAGGGCUGGUUGGAGGAGGUUCGGAAGGUUGCACAUGUAAUGGAGGACAUGGUAGAUGAGUACCUAUAUCUACUUGGUCAGGACCGUGAUAUAGGGUGUUGCUUUUACGUGAAGAAAGGGUUAAGAAAACCAAGAUCUCUGCUUUCUCUGAACCGGAUAGCUUUCAAGGUGAAACAAAUAGAGAAAGACCUCACACACCAGUCAGAGACUAAAAACCGUUGGCUUCCCAUGAUAAACACCGGGGAUCCUAGCAGCUCGAAUUACAUUGUAAAGAGGUCCCAAGAUCUAGCGAACACUUCACGAUCCCUUGAUGAAGAAGAUCUAGUCGGGAUGGAUAAAAGCCGAGAACAACUUGAGCAAUUGUUGGCAGGUGAUGAUUUGGAGCGCGUUGUGAUAGCCCUGCUUGGAAUGGGAGGACUUGGCAAAACAACUUUGGCUGCAAAUGUAUAUAGGAAGGAGAGACAAAAGUUCCAAUGUCACGCCUGGGUCUCCAUAUCCCAAACUUAUUUUACAGAAGAUAUCUUAAGGAACAUAAUCAAAGAACUUUUCAAACAUGAAGUUGGUGUUCCAUCUAACAUUGCGACAAUGGACAUCACAUGCCUUGAAGAGACACUGAAGACAUUUCUAAAGCAACAAAAGUAUUUGAUCAUAUUGGAUGAUGUUUGGAAUCCACAGGCAUUUGAUGGCUUGUCUAGAGCCCUUAUUCAUAAUGAUAAAGGCAGUAGAGUAAUAAUCACAACAAGGCAAGGGGAUGUUGCUGCACUUGCCUCUCGAGGACAUAUCUUAACACUAGAAGCUUUACCAGAAGAGAAGGCACGUGAUCUCUUUUGUAGGAAAGCCUUUCCAAGAGAUACAAAUUAUGAAUGUCCUGCCGAGUUGAAGUCUUUGUCAGCAGAAAUUGUUUCCAAGUGCAAAGGCUUACCUCUUGUUAUUGUUUUAGUCGGCAGCCUCUUGCGUGUGCGUGAGAAAACUGUCGAAGAAUGGAGAAGAAUAAAUGACCAAUUGAGUUGGGAGCUAAUUAAUAAUUCGAGGCUUGAUCACAUAAGGAAUAUUUUACACCUGAGCUUCAUCUACCUUCCAACACACUUGAAAAGUUGCUUCUUGUACUGCAGCUUAUUUCCAGAAGACUAUCUUUUUAAGAGGAAACAUCUUGUACGGUUAUGGACAGCAGAGAUGUUCAUCGAGGAGAGGGGUGAAAGCACAUUAGAAGAAGUAGCAGAAGGCUGUCUGAAGGACUUGAUUGAUAGAAACCUGCUACAACUUGUUAAAAGGAACAGUUUUGGUAGGAUGAAGGCAUUCAGAAUGCACGACAUCUUACGUGAAUUGGCGGUUGAAUUGUGCCAUAAGAACUGUUUUGGUGUCACAUACAAGGAUGAUUGUGGGGUGUCUCUUGAGACGGAUGGACGUCGAUUGGUACUGCAUAGACCAAAGAAGGAUAUUCAGCUGCCUUUUUCCAGUAUACACCGACUUCGUACGAUCAUUACUCUGAAUGCAUGCAUGGUAUCAUUCACUCUACUACAUAUGCUAUGUAAGAAGUCGAGAUAUAUGACGGUGCUGGAAUUAAGUGGUCUGCCCAUCGAGAAGAUUCCAGAUGAUAUUGGACAUCUUUUUAAUCUCCGCCAUUUAGGUUUGCGUAAUUCAAAAGUGAAGAUGCUUCCAAAAUCCAUCGAGAAGCUCUCAAAUUUGUUGACACUAGACCUUCAUGGAUCAGACAUACGUGAGUUGCCUAGUUGGAUUACCAAACUGAAGAAGCUCCGACACUUAUUUGUUGAGAAAAAAUUUCAGCCAUAUAGAGAGAUUCAAAGUAACAAUGGUGUGCGUAUCCCCAAUGGUCUUGGAAAUCUAACAAACUUACAGACACUACAAGCAUUGGAAGCGCAAGCUACAUCUGUUAGACAGUUAGGGGAGCUAACACAACUAAGAAGCUUGAGGUUAUGGAAUGUCAAGGAAAUUGACUGUAGAUGCAUUAGUGAUUCUCUAGUUCAGAUGCGACAUUUGUCCAACCUAUAUGUGAGUGCAAGUGAUGACAACGAGAUUCUGUUGCUGAAUUUACGCCUGCCAAGCCUGCAAAAGUUAUCUUUGAUAGGACGGCUAGUGAGAAGAACAUUGCACAAGUCUCCUCUCUUCCAAGCUGUCGAAGGGCAAAACUUGUAUUCAUUGGCUCUAUCUUGGUCACAACUGACAGAAGACCCCCUUUCAUACUUAUCUCCAUUGUCCAAUUUGACAUAUCUACAGUUCACCAGAGCAUACACUGGAGAGAAGUUGACAUUUCUCACUGGAUGGUUUCCCAAGCUAAAGUUUCUCCAUCUAAGAGACAUGCCUAAUUUGAAUAGGCUAGAGAUAGAACAAGGUACCAUGGUGAGCCUGGAAAGAUUAGCACUAGUCAACCUCGAGAGCAUGAUGGAGGUUCCACUUGGCAUCAAGUUCCUCAUGCCCCUCCAAUAUGUAGGCUUCCACGAAAUCACCGGUUACUUCUUGAUGUUGCUCCAGCAAUGUUCUGCGAUUCGAGGGACGCAAUGGGGGUAUAGUCUCCGACGUUGACCUACCACAAUCUGGUGGGC